GAUUUACUUGUAAGUCCCGCGGGUUUUACUGAUCUGAAGCUAUAAGGUUUUAUUUACACGUUCUGCAUGAUUCAGAAAAUGAGUUAUUUAUUCUCCUUAUUUUUGUCUGGUUGGAUAUAAUUUCCUGUUUUCCAAUGUAUUAGCUACUCAUUCUCAUGCCUACUCCACAUUUAUCAAGAGCAACAUCAGGACCGUCUUCUGGCUAUGCCGUAGGUGAUGAGAUUUGUGAUACUUCAUGUCCAAUUGAUUGGGAUACAAAUGUAGUAAAUUUUAUAUCAACUUGCUUGCAUCCUGGUCUAGUUCGACGAACUUCAUCUAGUGCAACAUAUGGCUUUGAUAAACCGAAUCAUUUUAGACGUCAGCAUCGCCGAAAUCUAUCUACAGCUACAACAGUUGGAUUCGGUCGUUAUCCUGAUAAUCAAAUUACAAGUGGUCGAGUUCCAUAUGCUAAUGUUUUCAAUCAUCCAAAUGAUUAUCAAGCCCCUCCACCAUAUUAUUCUAAACGUAUUUUAGGCCAUGCUCGCAAUAUCAGCGAUCCUACAUCUGGUUGGGAUUUCCGUAUUGUCACAAAACCUCUUAUUCUUGACCAGUUAACUGAAAGACCAUCUUAUAAUUGGGAUGGUUCUGCCGAACAAAAUCUUGUGGUGUCAGGUGAAUAUAAGAUUCCGGAUACUUCAUUCAUUCCUGAAAAUAAACCCGAAGCUUAUCCUUGUCUAACACCUCCACGUUCAUCUAAUGAUAUUACAUUAGAAAAUUCGUUUAUAUGUGCGCGUGAUGCAGAAACUCAUGAGACAACUACAACUGCAAAAGAUGAUACUUCUUGUUUAUGCCCUUGUCUACAAACCUGUGCUAAUCCACGUGUUGUAUUAAUCGGAUUAUGUUUAACUAUGUUUAUGCAAACUAUGGUUGUAUCUGGUCUGAUGAGUAGUAUGUUUACUACAUUGGAAAGAAGAUUUAAUUUAACUAGUCGACAAAUUGGCUCUAUGAUAAGUUGUUAUGAAGUAGCCGGUGUCAUAACCACAGUGAUUGUUAGCUUUAUUAGUGGUCAGAAACAUAAUCGACUACGUGUUAUUGGUUUGGCGACAUUGAUCCUGGCUCUUGGAUUUGGAUUAUUUGCAUUGCCUCACUUUUUAGCUGGUCCCUACAGACCAAACUUACCAACUACUCCUGAUGGUAAUACUGCUACUAGUAUUAGUACUGAAGAUAUCAUCCAUUCCUCUCUGUCGUCUUUUCCUCUUAAUCAAGACUUAGAAAAUUCAAUUCAGUUGGAUGGACCACUAUGUGUCGAUCAAUCACGCAAUACCUUUCCUAAGAAUGUUAUUUCCAAUUCACUUAAUAAUCAAACUAGUGUCGGUGACACAAUUAUUCGUGCUUCCCCACUCACUGCUGCUGAUAAUUUUAAUAGUAAUGAUAUUGAUGAAUCAUCAAGCACAGGAUUUAUGGGAAGUAGUGACAUUGUUCAGUCUGUUCUCUUUCCAACUUUUUGUUUUGCAAUGCUGCUAGCCGGGAUCGGGGCUAGUCCUUUGUAUGUCUUAGCUCCAACUUACUUAUGGGAUAACUUAACAGAUAGACAAUAUCCAAUAUAUGCAGCUUUAUUCUACAGCGCUGGUGGAUUAGGUCCUGCCUGUGGAUUUCUUGCUGGUGCUGGUUUCUUAAGUAUUUACAUUGAUUCACCAUUUAUGUUGCCUGAAACUGGCUUAGACCGUAAUAGUCCAUUAUGGCUUGGUGCUUGGUGGCUUGGUAUGCUUGUCUGCGCUGCAUUAACUUUCUUUGUAGCAUUACCUGUGAUAUGUUUUCCUAAACAACUUGCAGUUAUUAAAAAAAGUGAUAGCAAUACAAUUCCAAACGAUGAAACCGAAGAUCUGGAUAAAAUCUGUUCCCCUACAAUCCAAUCUAAUAAUCAUAAUAUUUCCAAUAUUAAUACAAAUAACAAUAAAGUGAAUUUAUCUUACGUAAAAUCGUCCGAUAAUUUGCCUAAUAUAAACAAACAAUUCGGACAACCAUCACUAACCACAACCACAACAGCCGUUUCAGCUGCUGCUGUCGCAGGUGUUGAAACAUUAACAUCAAAUCAUUUGCUCAAUACACUAUCACCGGAUAGUCGCAAUUGUCAGUAUCCAAGUCUAGAAGAAUUUAAACAACAGCAACGAUUGCCUGAAAUGAAGCGAAAUCAUGCUGAUUCACUUAAGACAUCUCCUUAUUCUCCCACUACCAUUACUCCUAAUUCUCUUUAUGCACAGUCUCCAUCUAUCAAGGAUGCUAUAAUUAGUGGUGAUGGGACAAUUGCUAGCCCUUCAAAUCAACACUUUCGUUCACAUUCAAAUAUUGGUGGUGGUCAUCUUGAUUCUCUUGACGGUAAUACUGUCGAAGUUGUUAAUAAUGGUAUAGCUGGUUGUGGAGAUCAAUCUGACAAUUUGGGAAAAUGCAUGAAAACAUCCUUGAAUAAUUCAUUUAGUGAAAACCAAGCUAAUCUUAAGUCAAAAAUAAAAGCUUCAUAUCAUAUCGUACGUCGUGUACUAACUAAUCCUGUCUGGUUAGGUGUAACAUUAAGUACUGUAGUGGAACAAUCGAUUGUUGCUGCGUUUUUAGCAUUUGCUGCAAAAUACAUUCAAAUUUUAUUUCAUAUACCAGCUUAUUUGGCUAGUAUUCAUACUGGUGCUGUGAUAGUUCCAAGUUCAUUAUUAGGUGUUCUGUCUGGUGCUUUACUAAUGCGACAUUUUCGACCUACAUUACAUCGUACUUUAUCUGGUUUAUGUAUUAUGAUUUCAUUGACUGUUAUAACGAGUAUUAGUCUAAUGUCAAUUGGUUGUCAAUCUAGUCGAGUAGCAGGUAUAACAGCUACAUAUAACGGGGAAAAUUGGCCUUGGAAAAAUGGUCCAGGUUUUUUAAUACCAUCAAAUUUAACAGCACCAUGUAAUCAAUUUUGUUAUUCAUCUAAUAAUCGAAUAAAAAAAUUUGAUAAUCGUCAUUAUACACACUACAUUGAAUCACAAUGUUCAGUAAAUCAUUAUAAUCCUGUGUGUUGGACCGCUACCUCUUCUUCUUCUUCUUCUUCUUCUACUACUACUACUACUAGUAGUAGUAGUAGUGAUAGUAGUAGUGAUAGUAGUAUUAAAAAGAAGACAAAUAAUCAAAUAACUUGUACUAGUAGUGAUAUUAUUAAUGGUGAUAAUAAUCUUGGUAGUCCAAAUGACAAGAUUGAUGACUGUGAUAGGAAAUCAUUGACAUUUUUCAAUCCUUGUUUUGCUGGAUGCAGAACACGUGUUUUAGAAGCUGGAGUUGUAAAGAAAUAUUCUGAUUGCCAAUGUGUAACCCGAUCUACACUUAAUCCAUCUGGUUUGAUCUCAUCAAUACCAAUGUCAUUAUCAUCAUCAAUGAGAAUAAAUAAUGAAUUCUUAUUAGCAAAUAAUUCUGGUGAAGUUUAUCCUGGUCGAUGUAAACCUAAGUGUACUUUGUAUGGUUUAUUUCUAGCUAUGUUAUUCUUACAUAUUCUUUGUACUGGUAUGUUACAAAAUCCAAGUAAUGUAAUCACAUUGAGUUGUGUCUCAUCAGAAGAUAGUUCUGUUGCACUUGGAUUACAGAUUUUCUUUGUCAGAACAUUAGCAUAUAUUCCGGCACCGAUGUAUUUCGGCCAACUAUUCGAUUUAGCUUGUCAAUAUCGUUCAAAUCCUAUAGAUCACUAUUCAUCCAGUCCAAUAAAUAAUAAUGAAUCGUUAUUAAUGAAUACAAAUGUAUUAUCAUCAUUAUCAAAUUCAUCCAUAUUUUCAUCGUCUUCGUCUUUUUCACCAUCGUCAUCUCCACUGUCAUCAAUCUACUCGUCGUCUUCUACAACCACUGCUACUACAAUGUCUUUAGAUCAAAAGUAUUCUCCAACAGCUGGUGGAUGUUUAGAAUAUAAUUUAGAAGGUUUACCAUUUAUUUGGCUUGGUACUGUAUGUGUUUUAAAAAUAAUUAGUUUGAUUGGAUCCACAAUUACUUGGUGGUUAGCUAAGUAAGCAUUGUUGUUGUGUUUUUAUCUAUGUAGAUUGCUUGUUCGGGCAGGUAUUGGGCCGUAAUGACAGGAAAGCAGUUGUAUGAUUUCCCUCUCUCUUCCUAGUUCGAUUAUUGAUUAGUUCACCUAUAUUGUUAUUGGGACUGGUAAUCUUUCAUUUACUAAUUGACGCAUCGAUCAACGAACAACAGCCAUGAUCAUAACGAUUGUUUGUCUUCGAGCACUUUCUAACCCAGUAGCCAAUCGGAAGACGGAGGUAGAGAGAGCGGAUCUAUUGUAUUGUACUCAAUUCAAUCAUGACUCAAAGCUCAUACAAUAAUAUACUUGACAUAUUUUGACCACAGAGCAACACAAUUAGUGUACAUAACUUAGUCACAUGUGACACAGAACCGAAGUAAAUAGGGGAAUGAUUAAUCAAUGAUAAACCUGGAGUAAUCAGACGUAUGACUACGAUUUAUGGAAUGAAAGCAAGCUUAGAAAUUCCAGGCAUUGUAUAUUUGGAUUUAGGCGUUCAGAUCUGUCAUCAGGUUGAUCAGGUUUUUUCCUGAACAUGUCUCUACCGCAACUUCUCAUUAAACUAGUCUCUAUCGUCUUUGUUUUCAUCAUUGGUGGGAGCAUGGCCUUGAAUAAAAUUCAUCGUAAUUCUCUCUUUUGGUCUUAAGAAUGCUUUGGUGAUUCUAGGUCCGUCAGAUUUCUAUCCUAUAAGUGCUUUUCGUGCUUCUUUGGACAACGUCAUGAUCUUGCUCAAGAUCAUGGAUCGAUUGAAGGUAGAGUCUGCACACGAGACUGAGGGUCUUGGGUUCGAGUCCUGCGUGGAUGUGCACUGCUGAGGAGUCCAUGUACUAGGGUGAAACGGCAGUCCAGUGUUUCCAGGUUUUUAAGGAUUGUCUACCUUAGAUCGACUCAUGAAUUCAACUGUGAAAAUACUACAAUCUCCACAAAUCCUCAAACUGAUAUUUUAUAUUUGUUUUUGUACCUAGUUGUAUCAAAUUUUGUGCAAAAUAUAUAAAUAAAGGACGAGUAACACAAUUUUGAUAAAUAUUACGAUAUAAUCUUAGCGGUGAUACUAUAAUUUAUAAACGUUUUUUGAACGGCUGCAAAGUGACGCUAAGUUCAACUACCCUACCUAGGGUCUAAGGAAGGUUAUGACUUAGUGUGAGAAAUUGGAAUCGAGAUUUAGAGUUAUAAUAUCGUUUAACAAACAGUUCACAUUUCCCUAUCAAUCACAAUUUGAUUAUCUUCGUAUUAACAUCUCUAAUUGUGACAUUGAUAUAGACUUCAAUAUCAUAGACAGCUUAAUUCACGUGAAGAUCACAGUUGCAUCUUACUAAAAUAUUCCAUUUACUAUGAAGCUUAUAUCAAACACAGCUUCUCAUUAAUCGCUUUGAUUUAUCACUUAGAACCAAACUACGAUGCACAUCAUAGAAAAAACCCACCUAAACUAUUAAUAUACGAUGAAACUUGAUCCAAACUAUACAAGAGCGAUGAUAGUUAAUUAGUGUAACUUCCCAAACUAUUCAUUUUAUUCUGUUGUUAUAAUAUUUUCAUUUUGAUCUGUUGAGACAAUAUCGUAAUCAUUAUCAUUAUCACUUUAAUGUAUAAUUUAGUUGUUCUCUUCUCAUACAAUACACACAUUCCUUUCUCUUUGUUUCACUUAUUUCAAAGACGUCAAUUCGAUUUGAUGACAA